UACACCACUAGCGUUCGUUGUGCGUCGUUUGUUGAUUGCGAAGCACGGCAACAAUUUAUUUUUGUGAAAUUUUCUCAUUUUUAUAGCUCUGCUGUAUAGCAUUCAUAAGUUGAACUUAUUGUGUGUAAAUAAAUAUAAAGAAUACUUACAAAAAUGUUAUAUCUUGAGGAUUAUUUGGAAAUGAUUGAACAUCUACCGCAAGAAUUAAGAGAUAGGUUCACAGAAAUGCGUGAGAUGGAUUUAUCAGUACAAAAUAACAUGGACACUCUGGAGAAAAGAGUAAGAACAUUAUUUGCUGGUUGUCGCCGUGGUGAAAUGAAUACAGAUCAAGCCAACACAGAGUUUGCUGAUAUCAAACAAGGUUAUAACAAGACAUUGGAGGAAGCUGAUGAAAAAGUUGCAUUAGCCAAUCAAAUGAGGGACUUGGUUGAUCGUUAUUUGCGAAGACUGGAUACUGAGCUUCAUAAAUUCAAGUGUGAAUUGGAAGCGGACAACAAAGGAAUAACAGAACUGCUAGAAAAGAGAUCAUUGGAGUUAGAUAUCAACACAAAUCACACACCAACACCAAACAAUAACCAUUAUAAGGAAAACAGAUAUAGGAUUAGAGAGAAACGCCACAGUUGGGGCACCAGGGAGUCUCGCACCCAUGCUACUUCUGGGAACCUGUCGAGAACAGAUUCAGCUAUCCAGGCUGCUUUAGGACGUGAUUCCUACAGUUUGGGACAUGCUGGCAGCGCAAUAGCGGCUGCCGCAAGCCAGGCCAUUGCUGCUACUCAACAGAUGCAGCAGGGGCGGCGCACGGCGUCGCUGAAGGCCUCGUACGAGGCGGUGGCGGGCGACCUUCACUCUCACCACGACCACGGUCAUGGCCUGAGUUCUGGUCACAGUCAAACCACCAGUGUCCACGGACACCAUACAACUUCACAUGGCCACAGCAACUCUUCAUCUCACAAGAAACAGAAACAAAAGAAAAAUGCAUAUGGUUCGUCGUCAAGCAUGUCUUCUCACACGCAGCAAGCGACGGCGGCCAGCCGCUCUUCGUCGCCUACUGUUGUCGGCAACCUGGGCCACGCGGUGUCGCUGCCGGAGCCGCUGGAGGAGGAGUGGGCCUACGACCCCAACGAGCCGCGCUACUGCGUCUGCAACCAGGUCUCCUACGGCGACAUGGUGGCCUGCGACAACCAAGACUGUCCGUACGAGUGGUUCCACUACCCGUGCGUGGGCAUCACGGCCCCGCCCAAGGGCAAGUGGUACUGCCCGCCCUGCCAGGCCAGUCGCCGCAACCGCGCGCACCGCAAGAACUGAACUAUUCUCAGUGCCAUAAGGAGACGCGUACUUACGACGCAUAUUUGACCGAAUCUUCCAUGCGUCAACUUCGCUUCAAGCCAAAAACAUUUAUUCACAAAUUAGAUCUUCAGUGGCAUAUUCCCGUAUACAUAUAUUUCUAUUUCAAUAAUAUUAUCAAUUACCUACCACCAUCUAGUAGCAAGCGGUCAAUUAGUAUUAUCAAAGCUACAAACAACUAGCUUCAUGGUGCCAUUUCUAUCGUGUGCACGAUUGACUGAGUACUCGUAACUGCAUACAUAUGAUACAGAAACCGUUUUUCAAUUGAACGUACGUGGCAAGCGAGAUGACAAAUAUGUAAUUCGUCGUACUUAUAUCGCUUCAUUCCACUUGAUACAAUAGCUAUAAGUAUUAAUUAAAGUUAGACUAAAUUCUAAAAUGAAUAAUGUCGAUUGUAGACAUUACAUCACAAAGAUCUCAUAAAAUAUUGUAAUUGGAUAUUAUGAUUACACAAAUGAUGUUCA